AUGAUUCCAUUCUUCAAAAUCGGAAUCGUUCUUAUAAGACAAGUAAGCAAACCCAUAUCAGGAUACAUAAAAAAGAAAGCGAUAGAAAAUAAAAAAUUCAAAAGCAUAUGUAUAUACUGUGGAAAAAAAUAUUACUUCUUCGAGCAAUACAUUCAGAAGAAAUUUUACAAUGCAAAUGCCACCAACGUUAAUUAUAGCUCUUAUAUAAGUGAGACCAAGUCCGUUAAUGUAGGAAGUGAACUCUUAGGAGAGACAAUCAUUUUCCUCGUGGCAGCACUAAUCAUUGUAGCAGAAUACAAAAGGAAUAGUUUGAAGGAAGCAAAAAAGGAAAUGAUUUUAAACCAUAAGCUGGAAACGCUAAAAUUACAAGUACUGGAAUUGCAGAAGGAAAAUGACGAAAUUAUGAACGUCGUUUUUCCCAAUAGGAAAAAUGUGCGUGAUAGCAGAAGCUUCAACAUUACGCACUCCAAUUUUUUUAAAGAUAUUUAUAACAGAAUUGUGGGUAACCCAGCGGAGGAGCAGCAGGCUGAGACCGAGCGGACAGAAAAGGACAAAGUGGAGGGGUAA